AACCAAUGGACGCAUUGCCAUUUUUGACAGCGUUGAUCUGUUUCUGUGACGUGAUGUAAUUUGUGCUUCCGAAGACUUAAAUGACAUCAGAAUUGAUAAUUUAUGAGGAAAAUGAAGAAAGAAUAUUAUACAAAAAUAUCGGAUAAUGAAGGAAAUCAUAUAUCGUGUUGUUGUUCAGUGGUUGGUACAACUGCUGCUAAUUUAUAGUAUUUUGUGAUUGUUUAAUGAGCUAAAGGUGGAUUUUAUUGUCAUAAAUACACAUUUGAGUCCCUUUGGGGUCUUAGGACAGAUGGCAGUGAGAGGGAAGACUUAGGAGUAAGAGAACCCAAACAGUUGCACUCAUGAAGAAGAGGCAGCGCAGCAAGAGGAAAAAAAGCAUGGAAAAGAAACAGGCACAGGAACAAAUUUUAGAGCGAGAAGCAGAGAUUGUCGUGAAGAGGGAAGAACUAGAAGAAGAAGAAGAAGAAGAGAAGGAGAACCCUGUGGAGGAGGCAAAGUCAGCAAAGGUAGUGGUGAUAAAACAGGAAAAGGAGGAGGAGGAAGAUGAAGAAGGAGAGAGAGAAGCAUCGCCGCCACCGUCGACCUCCACGGUGCCGCAGGAGGCUGUCGUGGCUCAGUUGAACCAGCUACAACAGACGGUAGUUUCUCACAUUCUACAGUACCAGGCGGGAGUUAUGGCUCAGUUUCAGCAGCUUCAGCAGCAGAUGUUAUCACAGUUAAGCUCCAACACCACCACCAUGCCCCAGAUCACCAUCACCCCCCAGGUCAAGAAUGAACGCAAGCGCCCAGCCUCUAGUAUGAGCAACAACAGUGAAAAUCGUGAAGAGUCUGGUCAAGUUGGAGAGAUGCAUUUCAAGCGCAAGCGGACCGCAUUCAAUGAAAAGCAGUAUAAAGUGCUGGAGACAACAUUUGAACACAACAACUUUCCUGAGCCCAUUGACCAACACUGCAUUGCUCUGCGGAUCAAAACUCCUUACCGCAGCAUCAAGAUGUGGUUUCAGAAUAGACGAGCUAGUAUCCGGAAGCGCCUGUCACCAAAGGAAAAAGGUGCAUCCCCGGGAGACAACAAAGUUAUCAAGAACGCCAGUGAUCCUGACGCUCGUUGGUACUGUACUCUCUGCCCAUCUACAUUUAUUGCAAAAAAGUUUUUAGACAGCCAUAAAGAGGCACAUGAACGAGAGACCUUGUACUGCCCUCACUGCAACAUGGGGUUCACACAUCGGGUCUUACUUGACACUCACAAGAUAUCCAAGUGCAGCUCCAAGACGGGUGUUGACCUGACUCACCUCGAAGAUGAAUGCGGAGACAACAGUGACCUCCAGGGAAAGAGAAACAUUAAAAAAAUUAGAAAGGACUCGGCAAUCAACCAACAAAACUCUGCAACCCAACUCCAGGCUGCCUUACCUCUCUUACUGCUGCAGAGGUUACAGAAACAACAGCAGCAGCAGCAAGAAUCUCCAUCAUCUCCUCCACCGCUAAUAGAUCCUACAACACUCUCACAGUUACAAGAUAACCCCUUAAUAAUAAAACAGCAGCAACAGCGAUUGAUGCAGCAGUUGCUCUUGGCACAACUUCAACAAGCACAGAAGGUCAAGUUAAAAUCAAAAGAUUCAGAGAAAGAAGCAAAGGAAAUGCAAGAAGAAGCCGAUCAAACAGAAAAAGAAAAUGAGCCAGAAGAAAAACAACAAAAUGAAGAAGAUGAAGAAAAUGAGAUGCAACAGCUGCAGUUACAACUCCAGCAACAGAUACAGCAACAGCUCCUAUUACAGCACCAGACACAACAACAAGAAGAAGCAGAAGAACCAAAGGGAUCACUUACUCUCGGAGGUUUAACAAUAUUCCCCGUGCCGGCGUCGAGCUCGGAGGAAAAUAAAGUCAGGGUGAAGAAAGAGGUGAAGGAUCCUGCCCUAGAGAAGCAGCCCUCCACACUGCAAGACCAAAUCACCGCCAUACUUCAAAGCCAUGGUCUCAAGUCUACAUGGAAAACACCUACUGGAAUCAAACCUGACCCAGAUGCUGCCUCAGAAGCAUUCAGAGAGAGAGAGUCUAUGCAAGAACAGAUAGAGGCCAUUCUCCGACACCAGGAAGAACAGCGACGGAAGAUAGAGAAGAAUAAUGAGGCUGACGCAACAGAUGACACAGAUUUAAACAACAUGAAACGGCACCGUAGAAGAACGACGGUAUUUAAUGAGGUUCAGCUGCGGACCUUAUACUUACACUUCACGUACUGUAAUUUCCCCGAUCCUUCCAUGUUUAAGAUCAUUGGGCACUUGACCAAACUGGAACCACAGGUGAUUAAGAUAUGGUUUCAAAAUGAACGAUCCAGACAGAGAAAGCGAGCCACUCAUAUUGUGGAUGAAGUUAACUCCAAGGAAAAGCCAUACAAGUGCCGAGACUGUGGGAUGUCCUUUGCCAUGUUGACAUUUUUAGUGAAGCACAGCAUGCGCCACAAUGGGGACACAGACCAGGAUGCUUCAGUACGUACCUGCCCUCUCUGCCUGCAGAAGUGGAACAAGGAAGUGUUCGCAUCACACCUCAAAAGCCGACACAACGUAAAUUUAAGUCUUGUCGACGAGAAGAUGGGAGGGGCCUUAAUGUGUUACCUGUGUGAAGAGACUUUUUCUGAUCAAGAAAGUUUGAUGAUCCACAAACAUAAACAUUUGAAGGAUGACUAUGGGGAUCCCCCACAGUGUUCUGAAUGCAAGACAACAUUUGUUAAUGCCAUCUGUUUAGAAGCUCACAUGGAAACCCAUAGACACCAUGAAUGGAAUUAUAAGUGUAAUCUCUGUGGUGCAAUUUUUCUUGACAAGAUACUACUAACAUCUCACAGGAUGGGUCAUGGUGUUCCUUUAGCACCUGUAAGUACUAUUGACAGAUCAAGAAGUCAGCUGCAGCACACGUCCGUGAGAGCGAUACACGCUCGGGCAAGAAAGACUGUGGCGUCUGCCAUAACAAGUCUCAACAACUCUCCUGAAAACAUCGAAGCUACAUCAGAGACUGACUCCGUAAAAUCAGAGUGUAGUGUCCCAAGUAACACCCCUGUGUCCAGUCCAUCUACUCACAAGACUUCAAUAACACCCACUUCAACUUUUACUGCAAUAGUGUCGCCACCAAUAUUACCGGGAACACCGCCCUGCACAGCAGUCACCUCUUCCUCACUUAGCAACUUGCCGUUUAAUUCCUCUUCAGGGCCUGUCAGCUAUGUCAAGUUGAUACCGGUACAACUUGUUCCAGUUAAUUCCAUCAACAACACACAGAUGGGUCAGAAAACUACCAGCUUCACCACUGUGACCUCUGGAGGCAUCACCACCCCAACCACCACCUUCAUCUCUGUCCCGGUAUCGUUGAAGGGCUCAACAGAAACUAACCCCAUCCUCAACUAUCUUCUGGAAGCAACCUCACCUCCACCUGCUAAAGUGGUGGACAACAAGCCUCAUACUAAGAAACAAAAAAAUAAGACCCUACCCAAUCUCAUCCCUAUUAGUCAGAAUUCAAUCUUACCUUUAAAAGAAAUCAAUGUGGAUGGCAUACAAAAAAUCCCUCCACAAAUAAAUAAAACCAAGAAAACAAAAGAAAUUAAAAAUGGCAUUAGUGUUGUCAGUGAGAAUAGUGGGAAAGGUGUUGAUGUGGACAGUGAUGGUGUCACAAAAGAGACCAAUUGUCACAUCUCGAGUGAAGGGCUGAAGAACACGGCCGAGAACAAUGAUGCUCAGGACCAAGUGAACAGCCAGGGGGAACAAGGUGCUCUGCAGGUGCCAAGCAAGAAGAGAUAUGUGCCAAUAUUACCAAUGAUCCCGAUCCAGGUGACAUCUCAGGAACUUCCGACACCCACGACCACCGAGAUAACUACAACAACACCACAACGAAGCAGAAGAAGCCGUAAUGUGCCAAAUAAGAGACUAUGGCAGACACUUGAUUUGGUUGGGUGUAAAAGAAGAACUCCAACUUACUUCACUGGAAACCAACGUGAGAUUUUGGAAGCCCACUUUGACCAUGAUAACUUCCCAGAACCUGGAGAGCAAUUAGCAAUUUCCAUUCAACUUGGGGUUGAUUAUGCUGUUGUUAAAACCUGGUUCCAAAAUACUCGUAAAAAUUACAGAAAACAGCUGAGAGAAGAAGAUAAUUAUGAAGGUGAUGGACCUUACCACUGUCACAAGUGCAAUGUCUCGUACAUCACCAAAAAGACCCUCAGUGAGCACUACGAGAAGCACAAAAUUGAGACAAGUUAUCACUGUGGUGAAUGUAGAGUGUUUUUUAGUCAUGCAGCGGUGUUUAAUACCCAUCUGAUGAGACACAUGUCAAAAGCAGCUGAAAACAAAAAGAAGAAGUAUGGUGCUUGUACUCCCAUACGGAUAGCACCCAAUCGGAUGGAGACGUCUCAGACUUACGAGGGAGAUAACGAAAGUACCAGCGACUCCGAUUCACAGGACGAAGGGAAGGACGGAUCUCCUGAUAGUAAUGGCUUAGAACUGGUGGCCAGAUCAUGGGAGGACUCCAUGGAUGAUGUAUCUGAAGAUGUGGAUGAUUACCAUCCUAUAAUGGCCGUGGAGUGUAUCCUUGAUAACUCCUCAGAAGAAGACUACGAGACCGAAGCUGCUAGUGAGUCGCCCGUAAAGAAGGACGGCCACAAGUGCUCCUCAUGUGAAGAGAGUUUUGCCUCCUUGAUAGCAUUGAAGGAACAUUAUCCUCUCAAGUGCAUUCACACAAAAACUCUGAGAAAACCAGGCGAGUGGAGACGAAAAAAGUCUCUCCGAGGAAAACGAAAACAGAAAGUUGGGAAUGAAAUCCGAUGCUUUGAGUGUCAUUUAGUCUUCCCUGACCGAGUUUCAUUCUUGGAACAUUUCAAUUUAAGUAGAUGUAGUAUUGGGAGGCAGAGAAUUGAAUAUACUGAUAAAGAACAAGCAAUCUUACUUACCCACUAUGAAGAAAACAACUUUCCCAUGCCCUCAGGGAUGAGUUUGCUAGCCAGACGUCUGGGGGUACGUUACCGCCAGAUUAUGCAUUGGUUUCAAAAUCGUCGAAGUAAAGACAGAAAGCAACAGAAAGAAAGUAAAUAUCCUCCAGUGGAGUGUCAGAACUGCAAGGCUUCCUUCGUCACAGAUGCAAACUUGAAACGCCACCAGGAGGUUGUUCACGACCGAGCCAACAAGCCGGUGUUGGAGUUUCUGUGCCCGGACCCUGGCUGUGAUGCUGUCUUCAGCAACGGUGACCUUCUGGUGACACACAGACUGGUGCAUGAAGUUGAUAAUGGCACGGAUCAAAAUGAAGAUGAGGUAAGUGUUGGUCACAAACUACCAGAGAGUCCACACUGGAAGAACUUCACAGUGUUAGAGGCUCACUACAGUGAUAACAACUUCCCAGACCCCAUGGACAUUGGCUUCAUCGCCCGGCGGCUGGACGUCGACCCACUUCACAUCCAUUUAUGGUUUAAAGAGCGAAGAAGCCAGCACAUUCACAAGUUGGAAGAGAAUAAGCUUGAGGGAAGGGAAGAUGAAGCAGGUGUCACCUCCCAGAAGGCGGUGAGCAAACUGUGCUUCAUUUGUAAUGCUGCGUUCAUCAGUCAAACAGACCUGGACUGUCAUCGAGAGAUGCAUAAAUCUUCUUGGGCUCAGGUCUGUAGUGUGUGUGGGAAGCAGUACAGUAAUGUGAUUGCUCUUGAGACACACAUGAUUCGCCAUGGGAUUGAAGUGAAGCAUGAGAGUGAACAGAGCUCAGCGUCCAAACUAUUAAAGACUUCCAAUGCUCCUCUCUCUCUCACACAGACAAAGAUUCUUCACACCCACUACGAGCACAACAAUUUCCCGGGCCCUGCAGAGGCAUGGCUUGUGGCCAAACGUCUUGGUCUCAAACCAAAACGAGUCAAACAUUGGUUCCAGAACAAACGGGGAAAAGAUCGUCGAGCAAUAAAUAUAACCAAUCCAUACUCCUGCAUCUGUUCUCUCUGUGGAGCAGCGUUUGUUUGCGAGCUCUUCCUGGAAAACCACAAAAAGCUUCACAAAUCAAAUGAUACAUUCCCGUGUGAACAGUGUGGAGCGGUCUUUUACUCUGCAGUCUUAAGGGAAACUCACUUACUGAAUCACAAUCUUGUGUCAGAAUCCAAAGCAUUUUUCAAAGAUACCCCUGAUGGAGCAAGAAAUCUAUUGACAGAGGGUCAGGAAGAAAUGUUAGACAUUGUAGAAUUUGAAGAGUCUGAUGGAAGUGAACCUGAGCUUGAAAUUGAUGAUACAGAAACCAUAGAAGAAGAAGCUGACAAUAUUGAGAGAAAAGCAGACAGUCGUUUAGGUUAUGCAAAAGUUACACCAGAUGAACUUGAAAAUGCUGUGAAAAGCAUAACAGGGUUACUUGAAGCUGAUCAGAAGGACACAAAAAAUGGUCUCAAGGAGACUACCGAUACUGAAGAUGAGGAAGACGAUGCUUCCUGUAAAAGUGAUAUGGAAGUAAGCAGAUACCUUGCAGAAGAAAUAUCUGAGAGUCACUCUGCCAUAGCAGAAGAAAAGACAUCGCAAGUGCCAGAAAAGAAAAUUAUACGUGAAGAAGUGUUCUUUGAUGACAAUACAGAUAGUGAUGAUGAUGAUGACGAUGAGCCAAGAUUGAAGAUCGUCAGUGCGUAUACCAUUUCUCCCGAUACUGAGGAUCUGGAGUUAGAAGAAUCAUCAUAGAUGAUAAAAAUGUGCAUCGUGUUAGUUGGUGAAACUCACUUCAGAGCUUUGUGGCAAUAAAGCAUUUAAAGGAUAGCUAUUGUAUACGUUUUUGGAUAUAUGCUUAACUGACUGCUGAAAGGUCAUAUGUCUGAAUCUUUUACCACUAAAUCAAAUACUGUCCAUUAUUUAUAGAAAUUUUAAACCAAGCAUUAUUAUCCAUGUUGUAAAAGAUUACAGAAAAAGCAUCGGUGUAAAAGGUGGCUUCUAAACCUUUGAUUUAAGGUACCGUAAUUAUUUAUUUUUAUGGAAUCAUUGUUUUAAGAUUACCAUGGAUGGAAAGUAUGUCGAAGAUAUAAUAAAAUGGCCAACAGCUAAAGAAUAAAUUAGCAGGAACAUUGAAAAUAAGACAGUUAAUAUAUGUUACAUUGAGAGCCUUUUAUGAAUACUGUACUGAAAUUGCCUUGUGUGGUGAUGCAGCUGCCUUUGAUAUGCUCACUAGAAAUCCAAACUGACCCCACAUUUGGCCGCUGCUGCCGGAAAAAUUUUGCUCAGGGCUUGCGACUCACCAGCCAUACACUGUAAGUACUAUCAGCUGUAUAGCAUGUUUAUUCUGUCUGCUUAUUUAUUUGGCAGCAGAUUAGUGUAUGAAAAUAUUGAAGCUGCUAUACAGUGCUUUUAAUAAUAUCACGUCAAAUUUUAAAACUGGCUCCUAGAUAUUUCUGACAUGGCUCAAUACUUAAAAUUUAAUGUGAUACGACAGGUGAACAAUAAAUUCUCAAAAGUUUGCACUCUUGUUAGUGAUAUGUUAGAAAGUUUAUGUUGCUCAAAAGUAGGGUGUUCAAAAUAUAAUUUUACAGUUGAAUUUUCUUAUCUGAUCACUGAUAUGGUAUACAAGAUUUAGUGACUAUCAACCAGUCAACUUAACUUUUCAGCAGUUAUCUUUGUUAUUCCUAACUGGAAAAUUAAAUUCUAUUUCAGUGGAGAUUAAUAUUUUGAACACACACAUGUAGUCUUCAACCAAUAAAUGUAUAGUUGAGAGGAAACCCUGUUGUUCAAGACCUCGUUAUGACCAAGUGUUUGGAUAUUGGUUGUUUCAUAUAUGUACUGUACAGUCACAGCUCACUUGUCUCAUCUUCAGUUUUUCUUCCAGAUUUCAAAGGGUUAUACAUUAAAUCUUUACCUCCUGCCUGAGAUAAGAGAAGGCAUCAAGUUAUGGUAUAGUCUGAAGUACAAUUCUGACACAUUUUGGCCUCCAUCUCUGAGUUUUAGUGGGUCAGUCGGAUGCAUUCUCUUAUCACCAGUUAGGGGGAAAUUUAACAUAUGCUGUAUAUGUCUUUGAAAAUUGGAGCCUUGUCUGUCAACUUUAUUCCGUAGCCAAAUGAAUGAGCUGAAAGAAGUGCUCUGAGGUUCACAAAAACCACAAAAAAUUCAGUAAUCAACUCAAUCUUUAUUCCUCUUGGAUUGAUUUAAUAAUGUUUAAUGUCAUCCACGUUUAGAUAACUUUUACAUCCAUUCAUCAUCUGGCUUGACUCAGCACAGACUGGCAUUAUCAGAAUUACUUAGUACUUUUUUUUUACUGUUCUUAUGAAAUUGAAGCAUUCUUGUUCAUUUAUAUAAUAUCUUGACUCUUCUCCCUUUUGACUCUUCUCCCACUCUUGUGUGGGAUUUCAUGAAGGGUACAGAGACUUAAAAGGGGGGAUGAAAAACUGUGGAGAAAGUGGUGCAGGACAUGUGUAGAGUGUGACAUAUUGUAUCCAGAGUCCCAGCUAUAACCAUACAAAGCUUUUACUGCAGUACCUUUUGUAGGUCACACAAGAUAUAUUUGUAUGCCUGUCCCAUCUAGUACUGAUACUCCAUCCCUAGCAGACUAAUGUGACCAAGGUGCACUAAGCUUACUAAGUAAUUUGCAGCCUCAUCAAUGGAUGUUCUUUUUGAUAAUGAAAGGAUCCAUUACCUUAUCCUCUCCUGCUCUUUGUGUCACAACAUAUGACCCCAGAGCCUUACACAUAGAGACAAGUACAGUGCAUGUAAAUCAUGUAAUAUGGAUAAGUGAGCUGUGACUAAUAUUUUGUAUAGCAAGCUUGUUGGUACUACUGUGUAAGAGCUUUUUCUACAUAUUCCAGAAAUUUUAAUAGACAUUUUGGACAAACUGAAUGACGAAAAUAUUUUUAUGAAUGAAAAAUACAAAGCUUGGGAAUAAUGAGGUUAUUAAUUGGUCAUGUUGUUGUUGACCUUGUUGAUGUGAGUCACUGCUGUAGGUUACAAACAUCGUCCCAACAGACAAAUACUGUUAAUGUCUGCCAUUUUGAUUGAUGAUUGUAAAGGGUAAAAGGAAACCAUAUUUUAAUGUGAAAAAGAGUCGAUCCUUCGUAGGUAUUUAGCAUAUUUUGAGAGUGGUAGUAUGCAGACUGCUGUAUUGAUCUCUUUGUUAUAAUACUAAUAGUUUUGUGCCAGGCAAAAAUGUGAUUGUAAAGCUUUAUUUAAUUAUGAUUUAUAAGGCUUUAUUUAAGUGGAUGUGCCAUAAAUCAUUAUUCUUUUUUUGUUGUUUAUACUUUUGUAAAGGCUAGUGUCUCUGGCAUUCUACUUCCCACCAUAUUGAUAAUAUUUGUGUAAGUUGACUUUUUUAAUGUGUUUAUGAAAGUUUGUAGAUACUUUAAUUUGAAAUGUUUAUUGGGAAAUUUUACGUAUUACAGGUGUACAAUAUUUGAAACUUCUUCAAUGUUUUUUGUUUUCUGCUUGAGUCGUAGAAAUCGGUUUAUAAAUUUAGUUAUAUUUUGUCUAUUGUUCCUCCAUGUUUAUUUACUGCAAACAAAAAAAGGGCUUCAUUUUCCAUUCACCUGGGUGUUACUGUAGCCUGGCAUCUCAGUUUUACAUGUCAAGAAUUUUUUUAUAAUAGUUUCCUUAGCACCGUCGGCACUUGUAAUGACAAAGAAUUUUUAAUUCGAAAAUGGAAUUGUCCAUUCUGCUCCUUUUGAAAUAUGGAGUAAGAGCAGUAUAUUUUUAAGCAGAUCUUAUGUUCAUUGAUUUAAGAAUUUUAAUUUGGACCAACCAACUGUGCUAAGGACAAGUAAUUUAUUUCUAUGGAAGGAUACCUUACAAAGGAGAAAAUGGAAUGAGCUUAGUAGAAUUAAGUUAGCUUUGAAGCAUCUCCUCUCUCACUUACUCUCUCUUUCUUUGUUGGAUAAUUGUGUAUUUAUUGAUAGUUUGCUGAGGAAGGUGAAGAGUUUAGAGUUAGUAUUCUGUACUGUGCUAAAUUGCUUGUUGAUUGAUGCUCUGUGACAUUUGUUAAAGCAAGUCUUUAUUCCAAUACUGUACAGUUAUAGUGUUUGUAUUUGUCACUCAGAGUGUUGUUCUCAUGCAUUGCUCACAAGUAGGGUUUCUUCUUUCCAGGCAUUAUCACUGUCUUGGUUUUCCGGAACAAAUUCUGUCAUUAACUCGUGAUCCUGGGAUUUUCCAGUUUAUUUAUGUACAUAUAGGGUAUAUAUGAACAAGCAAAGAUAAAUCUUAGUAUGCGAUGUUACCAAGCUAUACUACACAGGUAUGAAAUUAAAACAUUUGCGGGAGAAAUGUAACGAUGGGAAUAUGAAAUAACAGCUAUGUUCUUAGAAUAACAAUUUUAUUGAAAAGGAAAGGGUAUAAUGAGACACUGAACAGUACAUAAUUAUUUGGGGGGGAACAAAGUGCAAAAUCAUAUUCCACGUAUUUUACUCUAGGAAAGUUGCUUUUCUCAUACAAAAAGUGAUAAUAGUAACAAAGAAUGUUUACAUAGAGAUACUAGUGGGAAAGUGGGAAGAUACGAGUAUAUAUAUAUAUAUACCUGUAUAGUAUAAUAUACAGUGGAGUCUGCAUUUACGCGGUCAAUUGAACCCAUGGAGGCCCGCGUAAAAUGAGAAACGCGUAAAUGAAAUAACAUAACA